UUCCUGAGUUGUUUACUGCAGUAAUUUAUUUUUCUAUGUUGUGUUUUAGUUUAGUGAAGAAGUUAUUAUAUUUUCUUUUUCAAUGUCUUAAAAAAACGGUAUUCAGAGAGGAGCCUAUGUAUACUGUGAGAAACUGGUUUUUUUGAAGUUCUUCUUUUUUGAAAAUUUUUGAGUUCCCGCAGCAUUUUGUCAUUUUGCUUAUGUUUCGACAAGCCACUAAUUGGAACAAUACUGAUCUUUUCUGGAUGGCCUAAACUAUUAAAUGUCCUGAUUACUACUUUCACAGGGUGACCAGACCAGUUUAAAAAUUAAACAAAAUCUUGAACUUAAUUUUGUAGUUUAAGAUUUAGAAUUUAAAUGAUUCUUUUUCAUUUUUCAUUUUCAGCCUGUCAUGAGUCUUCCAUGAUUUCAAAUGUAUAUAUUUUCUUUUCUGAAGAGGUAGUGUACCUAAAGCAUGUUUCAAUGAACUUUUAAUGUAAAACAGACGCACUAUGCAAAAACAAUCAGUGGGAGUCUGUAAGUAACCCUUAUCAUGAUUAUUUUUGUUUUCUUAAAAAAGGAGAGAUUAUUAUUGAUUUUCGCCGGCGAAGGCGGAAUCUUUAAUAUCGCCUGGGAAGAUAUAGAGAGAGAUAGAUAGAUAGAGAGAGCCCAGAGCCUGGACGCCUAAAACUUAUCCAGGCUAAAGCUUAAAUCCUCGUUUUGACAGAUUUUUUUCUGAGAACAAGGCUAAAUUGAGUUUUAAGCCAAUAAGAAUCUUAACAGUUCAAAAAAUUGUUUUAUUAUCCAAUGAACAUUACUUUAUUUUAAAGUUUAUAAUCGAAAGUUAAAGCUCGUGCAGUGUAGCAUAAUGAAGAUCGCCUUAUAAUGCGCCAUCUUUGAUGUUAUUAACGUCAUUUCGCUCCGUACAAUUUUGCAAGCACGUAGACUAAAGCUAAUUAUUCAUGAAUUUUAAUUUAGAGGAAUUGUUGAGGCUGAAUAUUUUUGGUGAAAGAUUUAUAGCUAUAGAAUCGUGACAAUGUGUCAUAAAAGAAAAAAAUAAGAAUAUGUAGUCUGAAAAUAAACUUUCCUAACUGAUUAUGUAAAAAAAAAAAAUGUUGUCACCUUUAAAGAUAUUUUCCUAGCUGUUUUUCAGAGAAAAAGAGAAAAUAGAUAAAUUUUCAGCCUUGCCGUUGUUCUUAUUUUGUUUUUAUUGUUCAUCAAUUUUCAGGAUUAUUAUUUUUCUUUUAAAAUUGUUCUUAUAGAGAAAUGUGAUGUUUAAAUGAAGUUUAUGUAAGUUGUGCUAGCUAUGAUUUCCAGUUACAAUAAUAAUCAAAAAUUGAAUUUUAGAAUAUACAAUGAUUUUGUUCCCCCAGUCCUCUUCAAAGUUCAGUUCCUUUUUCAGAUUAUUGCUAAUGGCGGAAAUCUUUAAGCCACAGGGCUUCUUGUUGUAUUUUGUUACAGUCUCACAAUUUUGCUUGAUCAACUCUUUACUUCUUUAUACUUUGUUGUAAGAGACAUAAAAGAUUUUACUAGAUAGCAUUGCACCUUAUGCAGUAUGAAAACUUUCUACAUGUUUUUAAUGACCAUGGCUACGAAUGUUUUAGAUACCUAAAUAUGAAAUUGAGAAUUAAAUAUAAUUCUACUCGCACCACCAUUGAUGUGCCUGAUGAAGGUACACUACAAGAUCUUUUGCAACAAUGCCAAGCAAUAUGUCAAGUAAGUGAGUGGUUUCUCUCACUGAACGGUAAAGACGAAAUGACCUCAUCUGCUGGAGAAACGUUAUCAAGUAUGGGUUUAGUAUCAGGUGAUCUUCUACACAUUGUUGAUAAUAAAAUGGACGACAGCUUACAGUUAGUAGCUCAACUAUUGCAGAUGGGCUUUCAAAAGAACUCUGCAGAGAAAGCAGUGUUAACGUUUGGUGCUACUAACUUUAAUGAUGCCAUAGAACUUCUGAACAUGCUUGGGGAAUCGAGUUUAGGUGGUAAUCAAGACCAGUCAUCGAGUCAAUCACAUGAUGACAAACAAGGCACUAACGAACAAAAGAAAGAAGACAUCGUACGCAACUUUGAAACAGCAGAAAAUAUGAAUGCUGAAAAGUUAAAAUCAGAAAGUCAACUCACUACUAAUAAAUCACGCAGUAAAAUACCUCCGUUGUUUUUACAAGACGGUAUUACAUACUCUUUUCGUGAGCUGGUUAAUAGAGUCGAGUGUGAAACAGAGGCAGAUUAUUUAUGUUUAGCAGCACAUGCGCUAAUUUUGGAAACUGGGUUUCAAAACAAGGUUACACGCACAAACAAGACAUAUUCUGCUGAUGCUGAAAACCGUCGCUCAACCAUCGCAUUGCCAUCAAAUUGGAAAAACUCUGAAAUGGGCUUAUAUCGACUAAACUACACGCAUAAUACGUCACGAGACAUGGAUUGUUGUGUGACUGCUUCUGUAACUGGCAAGUCAGUCCUUAUUACAGGUACAUUGGAUGAAGAAGACGUUGGUGUCUUUCAAGUCAAACUUAAGAUUGCAGAAUAUAUAAACAGUGUAGAGAUUUCAGCAGGACAUCCAGAGAAAAUAUACACCAAUCUGAAUAAACUGUCGCGAAAAGUAAAAGACUCGAUUACUACGAAGAUUUUAAACGAGAUAAGAACAAAACUUGGUGUGAAUGGUAAUAUAUUGAGUUUUACUACUCUUCCUCAGGAAGUUCAGCUCCGCUUGCUGUGUUUUCUGGAUGUAGUCAGUAUUUGUCGCAUGUCACAGGUGGCACGUGAGCUGCGUGUAUUGUGUGGCGAUGAGUCGAUAUGGAGACGAGUACUACAAAGAGAGUUUAACACUUCUAAUCCCGUCGGUACUUCCUAUAAGCAGACAGUCAAACAUAUGUACGUAAUGAGGCGUGAAGAGCUGUUACGAGAAGAACAACGCUUGAGAGCUCCACGCACACCACUGCGACCAGAAUUUGAUGUGGGACCAGACUUGAUUUACCCAAACCCUUCACCAAGGAUACCUGGAAUGAUCGGUAUGGUGAUUGCAUUGCAAUAGCUAAACGGAACAACGACGUUUAAAUUAUCUGGUAAGUUUUGAAAUAUACACUAACCCUAUGUCUUGCUGUCUAUUAGUUCAUAAACAAAAAGCUGGUAGUAAGACCAAUACUGAUUGAUGUCAAAACUGUGAUCAGAGUUAACAGCCUGCACAGAUCUGUAAAAAUGUUAAUUGCUUAAGAGAAUUACUAGUUGAGGUUUCACAAUUUUAUAUACGUUGGCUACAAUCUUUGCCAAAAGUAGUCAAAACAAAUGCAAAAACUGACCAUUAUUGGCAUAAAAGGCGAUAAAUACAGAAUUACGUUUCUUUUUUUAUCUCCUCCCCCUUCACACAAUAUUGGAAAGUCAUAGUAGCAAACUUUUGUGUUCAAAAACUUGAGCGCGAUAUUGUCCGGGGGGUGCAGGGUGAAAGUGUGUAAGUAAUUAGAACUAGCUGUUUCCCGUGGAAGAAUCCACUGUAUUCUCAUUUAAUUUAUGUAGCAGAUAUAUGUCCAUCAAAAAACAAACAAUACAGCAGAGCGCAUCUUACAUCUGUAUUAUUAUAUAAAUUACCAAAAAACAUUAAAGGUGUCCAACAACUGCAGUAUAUAUGUGACAUUUAAAAUCUAAAUCUACUAAAAUUACUGCUCUGACCAUCUGACAAAUGCGAAAAUUAUUCGGAAAGAAGUUUUCAAAAGCAUUUCAACAUACAUCUCACCCAUAAAAUUUAAAUCACUCAAAACGUCACAUACAAAAAAGCUAAUCAAUGUCAAACACAAAUCUCUCUCAUUGUAUAUGGUAAAAUCAGUUAGUUUAUUGCAAACCCUGUCAAAGGUUGACACAAAAUGUGAAAAAUAAACAAUAAAUUGUGCCUAAGUAGAAAUUUUUAUCUCAGGUGUUCAAAAGGGAUUGCAAGGAUAAAUUAUAAUGCAAUAAAACGUUUUUUGAUAUAUUGCAUAUGGUCCUUCCUCACCAAACUUUAGACAAAAUGUCAACAAAAAACGGUGUUUAAACCUAAAAUUAAUAAAGUCUUUUUAGCAACUUGCAUGCUGUUUUACCAUCAAUAAAGUAAACAAAAUUUCAAAUCUCACAUAGUAUUCUGUCACAAAUUUUCAUAAAAUAUUUUUAUAAGUCAUAAUGAGUCAUGUUAAACAACAGCAAUCAAUCUAUAUAUAAGUUCAUUUUAUGUCAAUUUUUGCACCAAUUUUGCAAAACAAAAUACAAAUUCUAAAUAAUACUAAAAUCUCUUAUUUUGGUCCUUCGCAUACCAACGGUCUCCCAGAAAAAUUUAAUCAAAAUGUAAAAAAUGAGAGGUAACGACAAAAUCAAAGUUUGCAAAAUUUAAUUAUUUCGGUACAUAUAUCUACUGCAUAUGCCCUCUAAAACAAUAUUUUAAUCCAAAAUGCCAAAGAAAAACAGUUUGCAACAAAAAUCAGUUAUUUGAUGAUACUGCAUACACUCUUUCCCCACAAAAGCUUCACAAACUGUAAAAAAGAAGAAUGGUUGUAGGGAGUGCUUCUGAUUAAACAAACAUCAGUUUUUUUGACAUAUUGCAUCUAGUCCUUACCCAUUAAAUCUUACACAAAAUUUCAAAAACUAUAUACGACUUAGAACACAUCAAAUUUAAAUCGAGAAGGAUCAGUCAUUUCGAUAUAUUGCACAGAGUCCUCCUCGGUAAGAAUUUAAAAAAAAUAUAGAAAAACACAGCUUGCAAGGUGUAAAAUCGAAUACUUCUUCUGUGCAUAUAUGGUCCUUCCUCGCAAAAUUAACAUAAAAUGUCAAAAAGGUUCAGAUUAACAUCUAUUAACACAACAAAAAUCAGUUCUAUCAGUAUAUGUCAUGCCAUUGUCUUCCAUAAAAUGUUCCCCUUAAAAUUUCACAGACACAGCCUGUAAAUUAAAAACAACUAAGAUCAGGUAUUUUGGUCUAUUUCAUACCAUUCUGUCCCAAAUAAUUUAUAUAUAUAUAAUGUAAAAAUUGAGUGGUAAAACAGAAAUUUGCAAAAUUCCAUUUUUUAUAUGCAUGUAUAUUAUAUACCUUCUACAACAAUAAGUUAAUUCAAAAUGUCAAAAAGAAGAAAAAAAUAGCUUACAAUGAGUAUAAAAUUGAAAUCAACAAAGUAGCUCUUUUAGUGUAUUAAAUAUAAGCCAUACGCACAAAAAGUUUACACUCAAUGUGAAAAAAUGGUUGUGUUUAGUAAUUCUAAAUUACGAAAAGUCAGUUCUUUUAGCAUGCUGAUUAUGUCUUUGCCCACAAACUUUUACAUGAAAAUGUCAAAACCACAAUUUGAAACAAAUUAAAUUUACAUUUUAAAAAUAAGUAAUUUCUAAACUUUAUUUCAGAAUAUUUGGAGGAAAAGAACUUCACAAACCAAAAAAAGAACCAGGAAAAUGUUUAAAAUUUUCAGGGUUAAUGUGGGAAUUUAUAUAUAUAAUGUGGGAAUUUAUAUAUAUAAUGUGGGAAUAUAUAUAUAUAUAUAAUGUCAGAGUUGAAUUUCUUAGUUUAAUAUAAAAACAUGAAAGGCUUGCAAGGUGUAAAGUCAAAUUUACAAAAGUUAGCUCUUUCGGUAUAUUGCAUGAUCCUUGUGCCACAAAAGUUAACACAAAAUUUCAAAAGAAAAGCAAAACAGUUUGAAUAUAUUAUAUAUACCAUGUAUACACAUGGAAAAUCACCCCAGCCUUCCCUGUACAUUUUUUACCCUAAAUGUAAAAAAACAUGUAAAUCCUUCCCCCGCCCUCCCCCGCCAAAAAAAUAAAUAAAAUAAUCAAAAACCCAUGUAAAUACGGCAACAAAAUCAAAAAAUGUGAAAAAGCUACGUAAAUUUUCCCAUAAUGUCAAAAACCUCUAUCAAAUAAGAAUUUAAAAAACAGGUUUUUUCGGUGUUGGCAUGUAGUAACUCUCUCGAAAAAGGUUUAAAGUUUUCUUAAAAAACACGAAAUGUCAUAAACAAAAAAAUAUAUAAAUAUAUAGAUAUAUAUCAUAUAUAUAUUUCCGUGAUUUCCGUGUCGUGGACUCACAGUUUUACUCACGCAAGGGAAUUAAUAUAUAAGAUUUUAAAAAGUGUCUCGACACUUAAAGAUUGUAGUUACUUAGGUUACUAUAAGCAAGUGGUGUGGCACGUAACUUUUGUCAGUUGUUGUGGGCGAAGUUUUACUUCGAGUUUUUGUUACCACACUUUAAGUUUAUAACACAAUUGUCAUUGUCAUGCUGUUACUAACGAAAUAUUGAACAACAAAUGAAUGGCUUAGCUGUUAUGACUCAAGCUAAAAAAAUUUAUAGCUAGCUACAGAUUAUAAAUUCAAUCCAGCAACUAGUUUGAAUUUGAAAAGUAUGCCCAGUUGUUAUCGAAACAGCCGCCAUCAGCAUGUCAAGGAGUAAUUACUUCAAUCAUCAAUCUUACAUAACAAGAUUUGUGUCAUGAAUCUUCCAGCAUUUUUCUACAUCGAUUACAAAGAGAUCCAGUGAACCUUAUUUUUACCAACAUAAAUUUAGUUUUUAUUAUUCUAACGCUACGCUCUAAAAGCAUACUAUCCAUUUUUCUGUCCUGGAUAAAGAAGUUGACAACAGACCAAGUACACAUACUAUAUCUAACUUAUUCCAUCAUCAGAAUGGCUUUUUAAUUUUCUGAACAUGUAUUUUUAUUAAAACUGAUAUGAUCUCAAGAACGGUUUAUUAUCGUCUUUAAAAAUAUUUUACCACACCAGUCUAAAAACAUAUGGCAAUUAUUUCCAUUUAACUGAAGAUAGUUUUAACUUUAAACAAAAGGUAAAUUUUUUGUGCCCAUGGCACCGAAGUAGCCAAUGUAACUAAUUAAUUAAAAUUAUUUUGUAAAUAAAAUAUAUAUAUUUUGAAAAUAUAGAUAUAUAGAAUUAGGUUAAAGUUUUUAUUUUUUUAGGAAUACUAUGUGUAAAAUCUGGAUUAUUUAUUUAUUUAGUUGUAUGUAAUUUGAAAAUACACUAUAAUAAUUAAGUUUGAAUUUUGAAAUAUAUAUAUUCAUUGAUUCCCCCCGUGAUAAUUGGUUAAGAUCUUUAAUUUAAAAUAAUUCAGGUUGUUAAAAACUGUGAGUUGCCCAUUUUAAUUUUUAAUGGUAAAAAACUUCAAUUCACAAGGCUUCUUGUUCUGUGUCUUGAAUCUUACCUUUUAAAACAGAGGUUGAUAUACAUUUUAAGCCAUUCAUGAUAUACAGUGAGUCUGAAAACGUUGACUGCCAAGGUCCUGCUGGGGUGCUCCACAACACAAUUGAUACUCUUGCUUUUUAAGAACGACUCUACGGGCAUUGUACAUGUAAUUUAAAUUUAUUAAGCCUAUACUUUUUUGUAUUCAACCCUAUACUAGCUUGCCCACUUGACCGCGCUUUCAUGUUGGUUUGGUGAACUUAUCUGUUGUCUUAAACUUAUAAUUUAUUUCGAUAUAUUUCAGGAGGCCGUUAUGAUCUCUACCCUUCCGGCGGAUUCCAUCCAGGUGGGUUUCCCAA